CUUGAUUGAUCAUUUACCUAAAUAACAACAACUUUCCUAGGAGCAUCCAUGUGAGUCUGUGAGCAAUGCUCUGUCAAAGACUCUAGCGACAUCACAAAUCCAACGUCUUUGCAAUACACCAAACUUUUUCAGUUACAACAGAAGAUCCCAACCCUGAAACUCCCAGGGCCGAGAGCUAUGCCUAAAGCAAGCAAAGCUGCCACUAAAUCCGCCAUCGACCCCACCUCCACCACACUCGUUGUCACCAGCCAACAGUCGCGCUUCCAUGUCGAUGCAGUUGACGCUCCAACAUCCAAAGACAUUGAUGUCAAGGACUUGACUUUAUCCAUUGGUGGUCGUGAAUUGCUUGAUCACGCCCAUUUACGCAUCGUGGAGGGCGUCCAUUAUGUCCUUGCAGGUCGUAAUGGAACAGGCAAGAGUUCGCUGUUGAGAGCGCUCGCCGAGAGACGAGUGCCGGGUGUGCCGUCGAAUCUCAGGAUCUUGCUAUUAGGACAAACUCGGAUCGACGCCGGUGAGGAAGCGGAUGCCAGUGUGGACAGAGAGGAUGAAAGGGAGAGCACCAAAGAGAAGACCGUUCUGGAGCACGUUACGACAAGUGACAAAAGGAGAGAACGAGCCUUGAGGAAUGCAACGCGUCUAUCAAUGGCGAUUGAGGAGAAGGCCGAUGCAAAGAAGAUCGUCAGAACCGUUCGCUCAUUGCAGCUUGAACAGGCCAGGCAGGAACUAUCAGAAGCGCAAUUGAUUGCUGCGAGGAGAAGUGGAGCGAGAGGACUCAAGGCCAGGCAGGUCUUGAUUGAGAAAGAGAAGGCAGUGAAUGACGCGGAGAAGCAGUUUGAAGAAUCAAAUAUCGAAGAUGAACACGAUGCGAUGAAAGCGGGCAUUGAUAUGCUCGAGGCUACGAGGUUGGCGUUGGAAGCAAUGGACGCCGGUAGCACAGAGGCUCGUGCAAGGACGAUUCUUCUAGGUCUGCGUUUCUCUGAGGAACAGAUCGACAAGCCUGUCACAUCAUUGUCAGGAGGUUGGCGGACGCGAUGCGAUCUUGCAUGUGCGCUCAUUCAAAAGACAGACGUUCUCAUGCUGGACGAACCGACCAAUUUCCUCGAUCUACCGGCCAUUGUCUGGCUCCAAAGAUACAUCGAAUCAUCACUCACCGGCGUCUCCGUGGUUGUGGUUACCCAUGACCGUGAUUUUGCCGAUGCUGUGGCUCAAGAGCUCUUGCUUGUACGAAUGGCUCCCGCAAAGACUCUCGAGGUGUUCAAAGGAAACCUUUCAGAGUAUGAAAACGAAAAGAGGAGGCAAAUCAGGAGGAUGACCAAAAUGGCCGAGGCACAGGAUCGCAAGACCAAGCAUAUCGAAGAAACCAUCUCCAAGAACGUCAAGGCCGCGAAAAGGACAGGAGAUGACAAGAAAUUGAAACAAGCUGCGUCGAGGAAGAAGAAACUGGACGAAAGAAUGGGCAUGGAAGUCGGUCAGAAUGGAGGAAGAUUCAAGCUCAAUCGAGACAUGGUCGGCUUCUUCACAAAUAACAGAAACGGCAUCGAAAUUCCCGAGUUUGAUCCUCCUGUGUCGAUUGCAUUACCAGACCAGCCGACGCCACUUCGUCACGCAGGACCGCUGUUCAGUUUCGAGGACGUCUGGUAUUCGUAUCCGAAGUCUGGGAUCUGGACCCUCAAGGAGAUCAGUCUCGUUAUGCAUCCUGGUGAACGUAUCGGUCUUGCUGGAUUGAACGGAAGCGGCAAGUCGACUAUGGUGAAAUUGCUGAUGGGUGCGGUGUCUGGUGGCGAGCCCCGGCCGAGAAAAGGGACUAUCACCGUGCAUUCCAAGGCGCGAGUUGCUUGCUAUUCCCAGCAUGCGGUGGAGGAGCUUGAAUCAAUUGGCAGAGACAACCCUGAGCGCACAGCGCUGGCUCACCUCAUGCAGACUGAGGGUUGGACAGGAGACGAGCAGGAAGCGAGAGGAACACUUGCAAAACUUGGACUUCGUGGAAACCUUGCCUCAGACGUGCCGCUGAUGGCAUUGUCGGGUGGUCAACGAGUGCGGCUUGCUCUCGCACAGGUCUUCUUCUCGUCGCCUCAUCUGGUGGUAUUGGACGAGGUCACCACUCACCUUGAUGCCGACACGAUCGAUGGGAUGAUCGAAGCCUUGAAGACAUGGGAAGGUGGCCUACUCGUGAUCACUCACGAUCGCCACUUUAUGCGGUGCGUGGUCGACCGUGAGAAACUUGUCCGUCAUGGAGACGACGAUGACAGCAGCUCCAGUGAGGAUUCGGACGAAGAGACCCCGGGUACAGUAUACCACGUGCGCAAGGCUGGUAUCCGCAAGCUUGAAAGAGGCAUGCAACAGUACGAGGAUAUUGUGGCCAAGUCGGUGGACAAGCUUCGGGUGUAAGAGUUAAAAGGGCCUUAUUCUUCUCUAUGGGAGACAGCCAAUUAAUUAAGCCCGUGCCCAGCCCGUGCUUCUAUUUCCCCAUCCGUGAUGCUAGAUCGAUGGAAGACCGUUCGGCGUCACAGACUUUGAGCCGUGAUCCAAUACCCCGACUAAUGUACCACGUGCGGAUUCAUUGGCUGAAACAGGCUCUCUUGGCGGAAUCGUCUUAUGCUUCCAUGCGAGGUAACGUCAUGGUCUGUGCUCGUCACUGAAUAUCAGAUACCUAGUCACCGACUAAAUCUCGAACAUGGGCACGGGUGUCUCAAUCGGAUGGAAGGAUUUAUG